GAGUCCCAGAAGGCGAAUAGGGAAGACGUGAAAGCCGAGUUCCGAAAGAAGCAGGAGAACCCCAAGGAAGCGAUACGGCAGGAACGCAAGCGGGAUAAAGCGGCGACGUUACUUGCCAAGGAGACGGCAGAUUUGGGCGGGCAAGAUUACGAGCGCCUACGGUCGAUGAACUACUCGAUAGAGGAUGUCGAGCGGUGGGAGGAGAAAGAGAGGGAGAAGGAGGAGAAUGCCGAUAAAGGGUUCACAGACCACGCCCAAGUCCAAGCCCGCAAAUACAACAACCUUAUCCGCUCCCUCAAACCCAAUCUCGACACCUACACCGACCAAAAAGCCCACGCCCACAUCGACGCAGCCGGCGACAACGCCUUCUUCCCGGACGCCAACUCCCUCGCGUACGCCAACCCGGAGGUCAAGACCAGUUCUCAGGGGGUGCAGAGGGUUGUGGCGGAUUUGAAGAAGCAGAACGAGAAAAGAGCAACCUUCUCCCGCCGCCGCGAAUUCAACGAGGACGACGACGUUACGUACAUCAACGAGCGGAAUAUGCAUUUCAACAAGAAGAUCUCGCGCGCUUAUGAUAAGUAUACGGCGGAGAUUAAGGCGAAUUUCGAGAGGGGAACUGCGUUGUAG